GAUUUUUUUCUAGCUCUCUCCUUUGCUUCUGCUUUUUAAAACCACAAAAUGUCUGAAGUUAAGCCAAGGAAAAAAGGGAUGUCUUCAUCCAAGACCAGUGAAGGGUCACAGAAGGCUGAGAGGCACAGUAAUUAUGGGAAGCUGGCAAGUCCCAGAACCAGCAAUAAUCACAGUUCCUUUUGGAUGGACUCAAGGACGAGUCUGAGUAUCAUUUCCCUUGCUGUUUGCCUGGUGCUGAGCUGGUUUCUAUUUCAGCAGUCAGGUCAAUUUGCUGAUCUGGAAAGAAAGUAUAAUUUUUUACAUCAAGAAGCUGAAAAAAUCCUGGAUGUGGGAAAUAAAGUAAACUUAAUUUCUGAAAAGUGUGAAAAGACUUGGAACUUAAUGAAACAGCUGGAAGAUCUUCAAACAAUUUCUCACAUUAAAUAUCUGCAGAAAGAUAUUUAUACAAUGAAAACAUGGUCUAGCAGCAUAAUUAAAAAACAAGAAGAACUAGAGAAGAAUUUAACAAGCCUUUUUCAUGCAGUUUCAAGCACUGAACAGAAUGCAGUUUCUAUAGCAAAGAAUGUAACAUUGACAAUUGUGACAGUAAAAACUGACAUAAGACGCAUUUCAGGCCUGGUCUCAGAAAUGACUAUACUGAUGGAUUCUUUACUAACACUAGAAGAUAAAGUAGAAAAAGGUGAAAAGGCAACAGUAAAAAAUAUAAGUGACCUCCUUACCAGUAGCAUCGACCGAAGUACAAACAUCCAAAGCCUGGCAGCCAGUAAUGCAAAAAAAAUUGAGCAAAUUAAGACAGCACUGUCCGAGUUAAGGAGUGAUUUUAACAAGCAUUCCAACAGACUUUUGAAUCUUGAAGGUGACAGAGCAAAAGUUCUGAAGACAGUUACAUUUGCAAAUGAUUUAAAACCUAAGAUGUACAAAGUUAAAAAGGAGUUUGCCAUCUUGGAGCCUUUAAUAAAUGACCUAACACUGAGAAUAGGAAGAUUAGUGGAGGAGGUGUUACGACAGGAGAAGGAAAUUGCUUUACUGAAUGAGAAACUGGCCAAUCUAACAACAGUUCAAACCAAGAUCAAGGAUGUGAAAGAUGAAAUAACCAAGAUUUCAGACAUUAAUUGAUCACUGACUGGCCACUGCCUGAAGAAUAGUGUUGGAGGAGUGUUAACUCCCAUCAUGUGUAGUACUGAGAAGACAGACGAUAUUUAAAGGCUUCAUUUAAAAGCACACCUAGACCAGAAAUUUGUCCAAUUCCUUGGAACAGGACAGGAAAAAGUCAUACUUAUUUCAAGGGAGAAAAAAUAAUGUGAACAAAAACCUUAUCUCUCUGCAUGUAUUUUUCUGAAGGAUGACAGAUGCUGUAUUUAAUAAAUUGCUUGUUUUGUACAAUAAAGCAAUGUUAAAGUGUAAAAUUAUGUUCUUACCUUAAGAGUUUGCUUUCAUGAAGAAAGCAGGACCCAAGAAUGACAGAUCUCCAGUUUUGCUUUCCUGCUGCAAAGGAAGGGACAGAAUUGUGGUUUCCAACUAAACAAGAGGUAGCCAAACUGCAGUAGCACUUUGUCUCUAUUCACACUAUGAUUUUUGUAAACUGGUUUAUUUUUUAAGUAAUAUUUAACAAGGCAAAUGCAGCAAACCAAGAAAUACUCAAAAAUCUUGCUGACGCCUUCCAAAAUGUUUGUCACGCAUUUAGAUGGAAUAAUUUAUAUAAGGCUUUGUGUGAGGCCUUUUUUGAUUUUUGUAAACCAAAAUUACUGUGCAGCACUGUUCUGUCUUUAAAACAGGACACUCUAUAGGGACAAUGCUCUGAAAGACUUAAUGCUGAUGGCUUUAUCCCAGUGUCACGGUGUCUGCUCAGGAAUCCUAACAGUGCUAGUCAUUCAUUAUUUCUUGGUCUAAAAAAUACUAUAUAGUGAGCAGCAGAAUGAGCGGAGAAGCUACUUACGUCCCAAAAGGCUACUGCUAUGAACUAUUAGGACUAUUUAGGUGCUGAAGAACAACAGAUUUGAGACAUUUGAAAAUGUAGUAGGCAGUAACAAGACAGUGGGAAUGGUUUUAGCAGAGGAAGGUGGGGGGAGAGAAAUGCAUUAAAUAGGAAUAAAAAUUACUAUAAAUAUCAAUUAGAAGCAAUACAGCAACUCAGAAAAUUCCUUUAAAUGAAAUGAUAUCAAGAAGUGUAAGUAUAUAGUCAGGCCUUUAUAACUUUUCAGUUUGCCAUACCUGAACAUCUUGCAACUACUAGACUCUUGAUUGUAUGGAGAAUAAAAGCAUUCCUCUCCC